UCUCUGCCGCCAGGAACCAGCCGCGGCUCCGCUUCCUUCCCACUGUUCCAGCGCACCCUUCAGGAGGAGGAGGAAUGGUGGCUGGCUAGCUCGUCAGGGUUACCUGGAUUAUUGUCCUCCUCUUUUUUUUUUGUUUUUCUUUAGUUUUUAGUGUUGGCUCUCUGUGGCAGAAGGAUGAAUUUACUGCCGUCUAACCCCCACGGUAACGGGCUGCUUUACGCCGGCUUUAACCAGGAUCACGGAUGUUUUGCCUGUGGGAUGGAGAAUGGCUUCAGAGUUUACAACACAGAUCCUCUGAAAGAGAAGGAAAAACAAGAGUUCCUGGAGGGCGGGGUCGGCCACGUGGAGAUGCUUUUCAGGUGUAACUAUUUAGCCCUGGUGGGAGGAGGCAAGAAGCCCAAAUACCCCACCAACAAAGUGAUGAUCUGGGAUGACCUGAAGAAGAAAACCGUCAUCGAGAUCGAGUUCUCCACAGAAGUGAAAGCGGUGAAGCUUCGGCGGGACAGGAUCGUGGUGGUCCUGGACUCCAUGAUCAAAGUGUUUACCUUCACCCACAACCCCCAUCAACUGCACGUGUUCGAAACCUGCUACAACCCCAAAGGUCUGUGCGUGUUGUGUCCGAACAGCAACAACUCUCUGCUGGCAUUCCCUGGCACACACUCGGGUCACGUGCAAAUCGUGGACCUGGCCAACACCGAGAAGCCGCCCGUGGACAUCCCCGCCCACGAGGGGGCGCUGUGCUGCAUCGCCCUCAACCUGCAGGGCACCCGGAUAGCGACGGCGUCGGAAAAGGGAACUCUCAUCCGGAUCUUCGACACAUCUGCUGGACAGCUCAUACAGGAGCUGAGGCGAGGCUCGCAGGCCGCUAACAUUUAUUGCAUUAACUUCAACCAGGACGCAUCCCUGAUCUGUGUAUCCAGCGACCACGGCACCGUGCACAUCUUCGCCGCAGAAGACCCCAAAAGGAACAAGCAGUCCAGCCUGGCCUCGGCCAGCUUCCUUCCAAAGUACUUCAGCUCCAAGUGGAGCUUCUCCAAGUUCCAGGUCCCGUCAGGAUCGCCCUGCGUUUGCGCCUUUGGGACCGAGCCCAACGCCGUCAUAGCCAUCUGUGCCGACGGCAGCUACUAUAAAUUCCUGUUCAACCAGAAGGGGGAGUGCUCCAGGGAUGUGUACGCUCAGUUCCUCGAGAUGACGGACGAGAAAAUCUGACCUCUGACCUCAUCCGGGAACCCUGAAGGAGGCUCGUCCUCUCCUCAAAGACUCUGUGGCAGAGCGACAACACGGCUGGAAAACUUCCCGAUUCCAAACCAAACAAAAAAAAAAAACAAAGAGGGAACGUUAUUUUUGUGAGAGGACGACUUGACGCUUUUUAAGACGUCUUCCGAGGAAUUUACAAAGGACGGCUGUUUUUAGUGGCGUAGACGGAGCGAGAGACUUUUGAGAGUUUUUUUUUUUUUUUUUGUGGACUAACACCACCUAACCUAACCGUAGGGAGUGCCUCUGAGACUGGGAAGAAUCUGUCCGAACACAGAUUGCCGGCAUAUAUACGCACGUGUCUUGGUGUUCGGUGCCGUCGAGGGCGCUAGCAGCGCGCGUCGGUCCGAAUCCGUCACACGUCAGCGUUAGUAUUAGAUUUUUCUUAUAAUCACUGUAUAUACACACACAAUCCCACUGACUGAACUUCUAACCACGUAGAAACUGUACAGAUCGUAGCGAGAAAAAACAAUGAACAUGUAUUUUUCUUUCAUACAUUGUGCAAUAUGUUGUUCCCCUCAAGAUUAUUUUUUAAUUUAAUUUCUUAUUUUGUUGUUUCUACCAACACGAGAAACAGGUUAACGUUCACUUUCUUGCAGAGAGUCAGGUAAAUGGUGCCCGUCAAACGCAGUUAUGAGAAAUUUUAAUCCAAUUUUGGUGAAGGUUUGAGAAAAUCGGCAAAGCAAGUCAGAUUCUGCUAGUCGCUGGUUGACUUGACAUUAGCGUUAAGCCUCGGUAGCGCUAAUCCUACCUGUUGCGACUUAAGUUGAGUUUAUACCAAGUUCAUCAUUAAACUGCAUUAAAGUCAUUAUGCACUUUUUCUGAAAAGAAUUAAAAACUUGAUGAAAUUUUAGGAAGUCCAGUUCAGAACUCGCUUCAUGAGAGCUGAAGACGACGGCCGAUACCACACCGUCUCUUGUCUCGGGAAAAUGAAGCUACAGUUUACAGCACUUCAGUUUUGGCUUUGCAUAAAAAUAAGACAAUGCUCCUGAAAUUUUUCUAAUUUACCUCUAACAAUUUCACAUUGAGGACUGUAUGAAAUCUUAGUUGUAGAUUGAAAGGACACUUAAUGAUCAAAAGCACUUUUAACUUAAAGCUAACUACCUUCAGUUAAACCCACCAAAUGGCUCAUCCAGCGCCGAAUAACGAUUAAUCUGUUCUGAUGUUCAUUCAGAUGUUUACAUGAAAAGUGAUUCUUUAUUUUGAUUGUUAGUAAAGCCAAUAUAUGAUCAAACCAAUAAAUUAUAACUUUUGCUUCCUGAGAUUGAGCCGAGAACUUAGACACCCCACUGGGGACUAUGAUGCUUCCUAGCUUUAACUUGGCAAUGAAAACAGAAAACAGGAUUUUUUUUUUAUCGAUGAGAUUUGACCGUGUGAAAUUUCAUUUGACAUUUCGAUCUGUUUAACUCCAUUUAGUUAGCUUCAAGGUAAAUAUAGAACUGUAGAGAAUGGCUAACUAGCUUUAGCUCCCAAAGUCUGAAAACAGCCUCACUCUGAUUUAAACGAAAGUCUACUCGCAUGUCUCACUCCUGAGAUUUAGCUGUGGCUCAGAUAUUUUAGCAACAUUCCAUGAAACGUUAAAGUACUUAAGAAUUGGUGUGAAUUUUAGAGAAGGAUGUCAUUCUGAGAUUUGUGUUACCUUGCUUGUUGAGCGAUUGAUCAAAAACAUUGACACUACGCAUCAUUUUGAAAAAUUAAAAGUUCUGUUUGAAGCCGUUACAGCUACUUAGCUUUAGAAAUAUAAAACUGCUAACUCAGACAGGAAUUUUUUUUUCUGUAACCAAUGAUGUUGCUUCAAGAAAACUUGGGUUAAAACAUUCAUCAACUCUGUCAUUCUUCUAAUAGCUGAGAAACUAAUUUCCUCAUCUCUGUGUUGCUGUGCUCCGUUAGGUGACAUCGUUCAACUCGAUACGAUUGUUCAUCUUUAGAGGUCAAACUAGAAUGGAUUUACCUUUGGGGGGGGGGGGGGGGCUAAUCCAGCUGUUUCCAGCUGUUUCCAGCUGCUGCUAACUGCUGACUAGCCUUUUUUUUUUUUUUUUAAUUCCCACCUACACAGAAAAACUUGUCUCCAUUUUAGAUACAAUUCUCUGCAAGAAAGUGACUCUUUCUCCUCAAACUGUCGAAACAUUUCCUGAGCAGGAAGCUGAGCGAGAGCUGAGCAUUUCAGCGAACUGUACAAAAAAAAAAAAAAAAAAGAUAUUAUAUAUUGG